AUGGAGAAUGGCGAGAUACUAGUUGCAAAGGAAUUUCGGAAAUUUGAAGACGUUGAAAAGAGGUCUGAAUUUCCUGGUUUCGUACUAUUUCUAGUUGCAGAAUCAACGACAGGAGCGCUUGUGUCUUUUGAAACUGCGGCUAAUACAAGAGAUACGCCUGAAGAUAUCGGGGAUACUUAUGUACAUUGA